AUGACCUCAUUACAGUCACUGCCAUCGGAAGCGAAUAAUUCGUCUAUUGAGAAGAAGGGCUUGGGGCGGAAAAAUAAGGUAAUUUUGCUUCAGUAAUUGAGUGGCAAUGUUCCAGGAGUCCGAGCUGAAAUGUUUGCAACAAAAAAUCGAAAACCUUGGCCACCUCGGGCAUCCAUUGAUUAUUGAAUUUCUUCUGUUACCCUCUAACUAUCUAUUGUCGAAAGCGCCACAUCCGGUGGCAGUAAAGCGUAUGCCCGCCUUCUUGGUUGAGCAAUGGAUGGUUCAGCUACUUCCUCGCAGGUACUUUUGAUAAGUUCACAAUGGACGGCUCAACUUCCAUACUAUGUCCACUCACUGUCUUUUUUUAUUUAAUGCACUUCCAUUUUAAAACGUAAUCUAUACCAGUGGAAUUCAAUUUACAAUGUUAUCACCACUAAUUUUGGUUUGAUAUGUUAAGGACGAGGAUGGUAAGCGGGACAUAAGCCAAGCAAGAGCCCCAUCGCUGACGAAAUUGAUAUGUGCAAGAAAGGAAGUACUGAAUGAACGUCUUUUACUUUUUUCUUUCCACUCCAAUGCACAUCCCCAAGGAAAGAAGUGUGCUUACGUUUCUUGUCUGCGUCCACGGCCAUUACUGCUUGUUGUCCCCCCAACCAAUAAACCGAAUCCUUUGUUUGAUCUACCGGACACCUGACUUCCAUUCUAAUAGUUAUGCAUCAACGGCAUAAGUAAGACCCGUUGAAAUUCUAGCACUCAUAGAGGUUAACAAAGGCGAAGCCGGUACUAGCUCCUUGCACGAAUUUUGGGCCUGCGGCGUAAGAUUCUACGAACAGAGUGCCUAGGGAAUGGAUGUUAUACGCAGCAAGUUUGGCCUCCUUGCCAGUUUUCUUACGGAGCUCUAAGCAUUUUUCGAACAAUGGCUCAACAACUUCCCUACAUUAAACGAACAUCACAGUGAGCGAUGGCCAGAAGCAUCUGUGGAUUAAGGAAAUUUACGUGCCUCAUCAGCCGGUCUCAGACCAAUGUACUCUGACAAAAGCAGUUAUCUCUUAUUUCGCGACAGUCGACGUGAGGCAUAAACUCUUCCGAAAAUGGUCAUUAAAAACAUCACCAUACUGCUAAUGUAUGCAAUAUAUACGGGUAAGCGGUAUCCACAAAAUGUACCUGGCAGACCCUUCUGUGAACUCUUGAAUCGUGUGUUUUCAUGACGACUUGGGAAAGCACUUCCAAGCCAUGAGUAGCUAAUAGUCUAUCAUUCCCCUUACAUUACCGAGAUAGUCGAAAGCGGCUCGUACAUCCAAACCGUUCUUACGGCCUCGCCAAGUAAUGUCCAACUUAACUUGGAUGUUCUUAAGCCGUCAUUAGCAGUAUUCCCCAGAGCUCAGAAGAUAUGAACCUAAACUUUCGACACGUCCUUAGAUAGAAGAGAUUGCAUACAUGCACUUGCCAUGACAUGUAAGUUCGAGUUACGCUAUACACGGCUGCAUGCUGACUUUUGGUUGGUCGUCUUUUCAGUGAGUUGUAAGCCAAGUGCCACUAAUUAUUUUUAUUUAAUAAAUUUUCGCUGCUUGUCUAAGUUCAGUCGUACUCAUAGGUCGGUGGUUAAAACGUAGACCAGCGGCCGUGCUUAAUUGGUGACCCAACUGACCUCAUAUUGCUAGUCAAUCACAUAACGAAUAAUCGUCUUCCAUUGCAGCCGUUCAGCGGCUGACUCCACUGCUAAUGUGGUCUCGCUUUUUAGGCCCAAGAGCGUAGUUCUGGGGAAUUGUUGGAGGCCACCCUUCACCACGUCGUUAAUUGGCCACGCUUAUGACCUCAUUAACUCUAGCCGGACUAAACCAAGGUUGUACCUUUCGCGGUUUUGUCCUCGCCACCCGAAUCAGUGAGUAGUGGGGGAAGCUGCCAAGUUAUCUUCCUGACUGACAACGUUGACGUUUGUGAGAGACGCAAUUGGAGGAACAAACUCGGCAAACAGCUGGCCAGCUCGUGGACACGCCUCACUUUCUAGCCACGAGAUUCAAAUCCCCAUAUGAGGAAGGAAGAGUGCUUCAUUGGCCAAUUCCUGACUACUGUCUUAGUUCCAUUGUAAAGGGCCAUUUUCUUCAUAUCACCACCACCCAGCGUUGAAGUUAACAUAGCAGCACAUACGCCUUUGAUAAUGCUAGUUCGACCUCUGCAGGCCAUGAGGUCCACCAUUACUCACAAGGUGGACGUAACCGUGAUUCACGCUUGAUUUCGUUCAUAUUCAGGAGACUUUCACCACAUCCUCGUCAUCGCUCUCCCACGCCCACCGCUUCUCUACGCUAAGUCAGAUGCAAGGUGGCUUAAGCUGCGUGUGAGUGCAGUGGCUAACAAGGCCAGACAGCAUAUCUGCGUGUACUAGUACUAAUUAGCACCUACUUCCAUACGAGCAAGGCUUCAGAGAAAGGGGUGUCUAAAGUUUCUUAUCAAAGAGAGCUGCCAUAAACUCCACAUCAAAUAGGAACAGUUGCAGCUUGACCCUCAGUCCUUAGUAGAACUGAGUUUUCCUGCCAUUUUCGAACCUUCCAGGCUACGGUUAGUAACUUAUCUUGAUACAUUAAAAGCAAGCUUAGUCGCUUUCAGCGGGGGAAUUAGGCUCUAAGCCAACGCCAUCCCUUUUUCUUGCCCUUGUGCUAGUUGUUUGUCCGUUCCGAACGCGGCGACUGACAUGAUACAAGGUCGCCAUCUAACGUAGUCUUUUUUCCGGGCUUGGACCUCGCGCUUUUGAAAGUUUCUGUAAGGACCACCCACAGAAAGAGUUGUUGCAGCCUGGUACGGCCUAGAAGGGGGUCGAAUUAUUCCUUCGACGGGCAGCCUUCGAUGCGUUUUGGUUUGUCCAAACGCUCGAGAUCUGUUAUAGUAACUGUUGAGUUGGCUUGUCGUGAGGAUGAAUUUCUCACUAUAUCUCUUCGCUCUUCCAUGCGCCAUUGACGUUUUCAACCCCACCAUGAUCUGAGGUGUCAGGAAGGCCUCCAUCUGAUGUGUGCCACACGCGCCAGUCCUUCAUCGCAUAUGGUCAGACUUCAUCCAUAAUCACGCAUCUCAUACGACGUCACUUUGCAUCACGUAGUUUUUGUGCAAUCGACCUGUCGUGCUUUGCUAAUGGUCGACUGACGCAUGCGUGUGAUCCACCACAGAACCGUGCACAGCCUAGAUGUGUUUCUGCUUGCCUCUGUAAGUGAAGUGUGGACUAGGAUGUUAUGUUAAACGUUUACGUGUAUAUGAAUAUAGCUGAAUGGGCAUUUGCGGGGUCCGGACGUCAUGGGACAGUGUGAACAGAGAGAGAGAGACGUUCAAUCAAACUCCAGUUACUUUGGUGAAUUUGUAAGUGGUCGACCACACCGGCAUGUACUUGGGAUUUGCGGUCGUAUUGUGGGCAGUUUGACACUGUCUACAUUUCUGACUGCCGACCGACGUCCUUUGUAUAAUCCUAAUGUUCCCUCCACGGUGAAUGCGAAGAUGCCCGAUUAGGGUAAACCGGUACAAUAAGGCGGCUGGACUGUAAGGACAGGUAAGAGGAGUGCCUUCAGCGAUGACGCUGGUGGUGGUGGAGAUGGUGUUUUGUUGUUUUCGAAGCAGAUAGAUCCUAUUGAUAUGGUGGGUCCGAAGGUACUACACGAGCCCUGAAUAUCAUUUGAAAACGUACACGUAUUGGCGGCCUUGGGUUUUGCGACAUCGCCCCCGAUGUUCGCCUCGUUCUUGUCUACAUUAUUCGACUGGUUUCAAAAUUUGCAGCCCUAGUUCUUACGCAAUACUUUUGCCCUGCCUAUGUUGUUCGAGGCCAUUCUUAUUAGGUUGGCGGAGUUACAGAUGCUUCGCGGUGUCAUUGUAUUGUCGCCUUUAUCCGUCUCGUUUAGGAAUUCCUAGUGCGACGUCGCCAUAGAAAGUUCAAUUGGACAGACUCUGGAUCACAAUACCAAAAAAUGCACAAUGGCAUCGCUAGUCGCAUCGGUUCUCAGAACAUAGGUGCAGUUUUUACUUGAUCACGGCCGUUGGUUUAGACUGCACACUUAUAUGAAACUUGUGGGCUGGCCGGAUAGACACCAGUCACUAAAGGCAGACCCUGCCUUUUUCAACAAUAUCGUCAGCACCAUACCAUAGAUGCACUUUUCUUCUACUUUGCAGUGAGACUGUUUAAACCGUUCUCACCCAAUGCAUCAUUUAGAAAUCAGACCCAGUCGCUAUUUACGGAGGAGGGGGGGGGGGUCAAUGCCAGAUUAUAGUUGUGCAGACUGUAAGGAAUGUGCCUUAAUCGAGGAAGAAGCUCUAGAAAGCGGGCUGUCCUGGACGUAGUUAAUGUUCUUACCGGAUCCUAUUUCAGUGUUCCCGUGGACAGGUCCUGUUCCUCGUUCCCAACCCGCAACUGCUGCAGGUUACAGCUUUUGCCAGAUCUUAUUACUUUUUGGAACAUACAAGUUUCUAUCGGGCGGUCAAACGUCUCGCUUUCGUCCCUCUAUUUCAAUGACUACGUUGGCUUCAAUAAAUAUGUUCAAUUUUCCCCAAGAUCUUACAAUGCGUUAACGUCAGAGCCACCACCCAGGUAACUAACUGAUGAUUGCAGACGGAAAUUAGACCUGUUGACGUUUAGAGGAUUUCACCCCUGCACAACUUGCAGCCUUUAUAUUUUUUUACCUGCCUUAUAGGAACCUACGAUGAAUGGGGUAAUUGCGGUGUUCUUUUUACCUAGCGAGGCCUCCACCGUAAUUCCUUGCCAGUCAGUGUGAAAAUCAAAUCAGACCAAGUAAACGAAGUUCUUGCGAACCUCUUCAAUAGAGUGACAGUCCAGCUAAUUUGGUCCUCUUAGUGGAUUCAAACUAAUUUGCCGUUUACAUAAGUACACUUCUCGAAGUACUUUAGAAGAUCACGCCUUCCUGCCUGUGAACCAAAGAAUGUCUAGAAGCCGACCACGCGAUUGGAGAUAAGCAUUAGUAACAGUGGACGGCCACCCAUUAAGAUCGUUUUUUAAAUAAACGUUAGGAGGGGCAUGCAGGGAAGGUCGAGCUUGCAGCCUACAUCAGAAACUCUCCACUCAGGCGGAUUUCAAUAACGAUUUUUGAAAGGCUAAGGACCCACCUUCGCGGUACCGUCGGUUCUGUUUUUAUUGACGCAUCUUUCUGCUAUCUGUAUAAGCAUUCUGUCUGUCUACCUGCCCGCGCUGGCACACAAUCUUACAUGGCCUCACACGCCAUUUUCAAAAGGUUUUGGUCGAACAGUAUGAGAAGGAAGGGCCGGUCUCCUGUACCCAAAUACUUGUGUUCCUGGGUUCCCUCUUGGGUUUCAAGAACUUUAUACUUAUUGCCCUGCCCCUCAUAUAUAUAAAACAAAACUUGUAGAAUCCCGUCUCCCGAGCUUAUGCAUGGUGCUUAUUUUGUUGCGUUGUUUGCAGGCUGGUACACGACUGUUUGGAGGAUUUGAGUGCCCUCAAAAACGAGAUUUCGGCUUACUGUUCCUCAUCCGUGAUGAACCAACUACUGCUUGAUCCACAUUCGUCCGAGAAAUCAGUUCGUGUGGACGAUGUGCGCUGUGCUUGCCGGUUAGUUUACAUUCAUGUCCUCUUCUCUCUGGCAUACAAUGCAACCAGGCGCCUUAAGUUACUUAUGCGUCUGCCGAUUAUUUGCACAACAGUAGAUCAUUUCAUUUGUGUAUUUAGUAGGAAGGACUCUCAUUUGCAGACUCUAAUUGCCACCAAAGAGUGCUCGAACAUAAUUUUUUUAUUGGUCCUCCCGUUUCCACAGAAUGACCAACUUGCGCGGUGCCAACUUCUUUUCUUCUUGUUGGUUCUCGGUAAAUGCGGAUGAACUAUCGUCGGAGGACGAGAUAAAGGAGGCUUCCAUGGCCAGUGAUUAUGGUGCAUUGGUUCGCCACUCGCCUCCCAUUUCCAUACAAAAUCGUUCGCAGACGACAAUGCGCACCAGCAUGAUUAAAAGAAACUACGUAUGCAACCACUCACCAUACUUCCACCAACGAGAUAUUGCUGGCAUAUUCAGCACACACAAAUUUACCCGUAUUAGUGUAGGCCGGUCCGACGUUCUUGACACAGCCGUAACUUCGAUUCUUAAAUUACCCUCGACUUUGCCUCCUGUUGUCGGUUCAGAUAACUUUUUGGACGAGGGUACUAUGAGUUUGCCUUCCAAGCGUUCCAGUGAAACUCAGGAAGCAGUGACGAGUAGGCUUAUCCCGCAAGUCUUUCCACAGAGCGCUGAUGCCUUUUCAACGAACAUUCCAAAGUCAAGGUCACGAAAGACCGCAACAUCGACGUUCAGUCGCAUGGAGCAACCAAAAAGCAGCCAAGUUCCUGCUCCCCCUCCUCCUCAUUAUCAUCAUAAUCCAUUCCUUAAGCAGGACACGCUGUCGUCGCAGGAUCCCGAACCACAUCAUAUUAUUCCCAAAAGCCCCAUGGUCAUUAUGUCCGAAUGGAACUUAAGUAGGUUAGCCAACACAAACCAUAGAAAAUCCUAUGAGGGUGCUGCCUCAACAGCCCUAUUCAAAACAUCCCCACUUGAAUCGCCGCCCCACAAACAGCAGCGUGUUACUCAGUUACAGCUUCCAACUCAGGAAAGUCCUGAUGUCGGGGAUGGGAACCGGCGGGUUGACGAGUGCAUCGCCGAAUUUAACACCCUGAAUGUGAAGCCAUGUCAGUAUCGCUGCCCACUUCAUCAUUCUUCUGCUAAAACGUCCAGAACCCAACGGUUCGUCUGCACAGAUGAAAGUUCUCCAGCUCUACCUCCCUCCCCGUCGAACCUUUCUAAUAAUGUGCAAGAUGGCUCUCAUCUCACUUCGCCUCGAUCGCCUUUGGGGUCUAGGAAAUUAGGGGCAAUGCAUGAGUCCUCAUCGUCAGCCAGCCUUUCCAGGUCAUUUAACCUCAGAACCGGUCUCCCGUUGCAAUCUUCACCGGUAAGUACACAACUGUUGCUCCCCUGCUUUCCUUAUCUGCUCCCUCACUUUCCGUUUCCUCUGCCCCUUGUCUAAACUUUCCUAAUGUUGCCAUUGGACUGCCACUUUUGACUUUCAAUCCUGAAUCGCCUUGAUUAACUAGAAGAGUAUUACAGGACAUCUCUAUCCACGCAGAACAGUUCGACCGUCGUGACCGACGAUGUCCACUGCUAGCUCCACAGCAGGGUGAGAAUAGGCACGUUAACUCGCUGCGAAGCUCUCGUAAUAUGCAUUCUGAUGCAGCGUGUGCGCUUUAUAGUCAGCGAAUUUUCGCCAUUGUCAAGUGGCCAAGUGGAAGCUAUCUAUCACCAACUCGCUUCCGGUCUGCAUUGAAACCCUUUUUCAUUAGUAAAGAUUAGUCCGCACCUUCUCAGACACUUAGCUAGGUCUAUUUAAACCCGUUUCUGUAGUCGACUUUCUCGCAGGUUAUUAAUUCAAAAAUGUGGGAAAGGACCUUCUCCGGAUAGCUCGGACUUCAUUUCCCAUUCCUUGGCUUCCAAGGUAGGUAGCUUCAUUUCUCCCGCGUAAAAAUAACGUGUGGGACGCCAUCCUCGCUUCAUGGCUGCGGACAGUUCUAUUCUAUGGAGACUGUUUAUACUUUUGUAAGAAUUGUGUUGGUGGGCUUUUCAGUACACAGCAGAACAGCCGUCCGCCUGGCUGAUUACCCUAAAAAAGCGUGCGCGCUCAUCAUGACCAGCCUCACACAAUGCUUCGUGAUUUAGAGUGUAGGAUGUAGAAAAUCUGAAAAUGCAUUUCAAAGGGAAAAUUCCAUCGUCGUGACCGCAACUAAAUUAAGGACAUUAGCCUCACUAAUUUGAAUUUAUCAUGCUCAGCUCUCAUCCUUGAGGCUGCAACUAUUGGUGGGGAUCGGAAAAUCUGCUGAAUGCGGAAACAGCCUUCACCUCGGAUGUACUUUGCUGCCCCAGAGUCCAACAUCCCUAGAGAGAAAGUACACAACAUUCAGGCUGCAUGGCCAGAUGUUUCGUGAUUGGGUCAGUAGGUUGAAAUACUCUUUCGAACCGGGUAUUUGAUGCCUCUUCUAGAACUCGCCUAGGGAGCAUAGUGGCCUGCUUUAUAACUCCUGAUACCGACAGUCUCCUUUUUGCAUAAGAUGUCGCAUAACCAACCCACACGUCUUAAUGAUGGUACGUACGAUCAUUAAAGUCAAAGACAUGUAUUUUUUUUACUAGUGAACACUUAAGAUAGAGCUGAGCAAACUUUAUGACUUCUCGACUGUAAGCUGGUAUCAGAUGGAUUAUGGAGCAGGCAUGAAAUUAGUUGAUUAAAACGAUCUUUACGUCGUUAGCACUUAGAUUAUUCUCCACCUGAAUGUUAAUGGUCCCUGGUAGCCUCCGCCACUAAAGUCAAAAAAUGGGAAUCUACCAUACUUGGGUGGAUGAUAUUUCGAUUCCGGCUCCCAGAGCCUGGAUCAUUUGUACUUUUUUGCCGAUCUCAUACCGAGAUGUAUUCUUGGAAUUAACCCCAGCCAGCUGUUCCUUGCACGCCUUACCUCCCUGUUCCCUCUUGGAGUUUCCGCGCUCACUCACUCUUGCCUCCCCUUUCUAGGCUUUUCAUUGUCUUCACUUACAUCCAACGAUCAGUACUGGUAACCUAAGCGCACGCUAGCGGGCGUGACAAUAUCUGAACUUGCGCUGACGUAGAAAUUAGGCUUGUCAGAGUAGCUGACAGUAGUUAGUUGUAAGUCAGUAGCUGACCCGGUUGUCUUUGCGGAGUUUGUCACCACAGCAUCAGUUACCAGAACCAAAAAAGGACAGUAGAAAGCAUCAUCGGGUCACUAGAUAUGAAUCAGGGCAGGGUCGGUUUACACCGUCCUGGUCCGAGGUGCAAGCGCAAUGUGGGCAAGGUUAAAACGGAAAAGGGCAACCUGAGGUUUCGGUGUAGAGGUGGGGUUUUGGCUAGUGUCAGGCUAAGAAUUAAGUUUAGGGUUGGAGUUAGUGUUAAGCUUAAGGGCACCGGUUAGAGUAAGGGUUUGGAUUGCGGUUUACGUUUACGUUUUGCGUUAAGGUUGGGGUUAGGGUAGGGUUAUGGUUAAGAUUGGGGUUAGGGUUUGAGCUAAGGUUAGGGCAAGGAUUUGGGUCAGGGUUAAGAUUAGGCUUAGGGUUGGGACUAGGGUUUGUGGUAGGUUUAGUGUUAAAUUAAGGGUUAGCGUUAGGUUUAUAAUUCCGCUAAGGAUGAGGUUUACUUUACUCCUCUGCAGUUAGGUUUGUCGUUAGCUUGGGGCUAUUGCUGCCUCGCGUGUCCUGCCAGCCAGGUCAUUUUCGGGGAUUUGAGGCCUUCUUCAAUCUCACAACAGAUUUGUCACACACAGCAGGUUGCCUUUUCCGUUUAAACCUCGGCUACUUUCCCUACUAACGACUUCAGUAUACCCUUCGGCCUACCUUCCUUUCAAAGCCCACAUUGCACCAGGGCUUGGGACCAGGACAGCAUAAUUGACCCCUGCCGGGCCAGGUUUCUCAAGACAGUGUCACAAGUCUAGUAAUUCUCGGUCUCACAGAAUGACUUAGAGGACUCUGACGUUUAGCUGCUGCAACUGAAAUCGACAAUAAGCAUUGCUUACGUCAUGUCACCCGCAUGCCCCUACCGGCGUUUGGCGCGUGAGCGUUCAUUUGCUGACGGUGACGCUCAACAGAAAAUAAAACAAGGCGAUAAGGUCAUAAAGCAAAUGCCACUUGUAGGAAUUCCUUUGUCGCCCCUUAGGACGCUCGGAUGCAGUAGUCUUCCCAGUGCUAGGCUCAUUUAAAGUACUCUAGUUUCAGUUGAGCGAAAUUGGCAGUGCUAAUCACAGUCUUUGUUAAUUCAUUUACAUGCGACCACCGAAACACAGUCUUUAAGUUCCCUAAGGACCUUGACAUUUACGUCUUCCCACGAUGUUUACUUUUUGAAACAUCUUAUCGCUGAUAUGAACGAGCUCUAGACCUCCAUUAUUUGUUGUCGGCAUAUUCCUGAUACCAAACGGAACAUUUAUUUUUCUCUGCCCAUUUGCCCUUUGCCCUCCUUAUUUUAUUUUAAUAAUUUAUUUUUCUCUAGGUUCCAGUAAAACGCAACAACUCCACGAGUUUCGACUUUGACGACUCGCUGGUUUCAUACAGGCCUUCAGUAAGGUGGGUUGAGACUGCACUGGAUCCUCCCUUAUGCGAAUUUCCACAGUUUGAGUUUAAUUUAAGACACGAAGCAGGCCAAAUGAAAUCACUUUAUUCAUAAGAAGGAGCCUCGAUAGUAUAUUACGGUUGCAAGCAAAACGCCGUAAUUGUCAAACGUCCUCGCGGCUGACCUAAGCUUGCAUCUGCACUCUACUAUUUUCCGGCUACAAAAUAACUUAAGGGCGUUAUUUGAAGGUAGAAUUUGGUCCUUGGUCACCCUUUUCGGACGUAUUUCUCCCCUCCCUCACGACUGUCGCAACAGUCGCCAUCAGUACCACCAGCACGACCGCUGCCACAAUCGGCGGCGGCGCGGCGCCAGCAAGUACAGCGUUAGUCGCAGCACUGCUGCCGCUAGUACGACUGCUGCCGGUUCGACUAUCGGGAACGAUUAUGCUUACUGUGCGCCCCACGGUGUGGUGGGCGCAGAACGGUGGCUUGCGCGCGAAUUAGUGCAAAAUACUAGCGGACUUGCGCAGCGUCUGCCGCACUCCCUCCUCCCUCACCUGCCAGGACCCGGUGGCAAAGACAGAGUGGGGACUACCGGGGCGAGCCAGGGCGCGGUGGACGACAAAGCCAGGCAGCUCGUUUACGCGUGACGCACCCAACCUGGUUCCCGCAUGAUUCAUCAGGUUUUCACUACAGGGGGCGGUUCAGAUCUGACCAAAGUGGGAGUGUCAUAGAGACCACAUCCAGAAGGAGCCACUGAACCUGGCUCCCAGUCCUUCAUUCGGUAGUCCUACAUACGCACAUACUGCUGAGUACUCUGGGUUAUCCCGUCGGUCAGCAGUCUUUCAGGCCACGACUUUUAGCGCGUCGUGAUAGUCUCAGACACGUCAGAUCUAUGACAGUGAGGAAUUCAAUGAAGUGCUGUGGGGAUUAAUUCUCUAGAGUUGACUUCACUUCGUCUUCCCUCCCCCCCUCAUGCACUACUCCUCUGUCCGAGCAUGUCAGUCAUCGCGCGCGGAAAUUGGACGCAGUGACUGACGAAUCUAGGAUAGCCCGCCCACUUUUGCCACACGACCUGUUGAGCAAAUACUGCACUGGGGUACAGCAGCGAAUCCACAUCCCACUCGCGUGACAGCUGCAUGUUUUUGGUGAUGUGGAGCGGGUCUGGGAAUGUGUGGGCUGCUAAGGCGAAAUGCAGUGAUGAGGUUUGAACUGUGAAUUUUAACCGUAGGUUUUCAUGGUGGUGCAUACGACCAAGUAGGCUCAUGUGGUUUCUGAAUUUCCUGGGACAUCUUGAACAGGCGAAGUGCGUGUGGGGUCUCCAUGCUCCGGCUCGCCGGUCUCGGUGACGGAUUCACAAGUGACCUGUCAGGCUAAUGCAGGAUGAGAAAGUGCGAUCGCCAUGGGAGCGGCUUGGGACCGAAUCCGUAUUGCUGGUGGAAGAAACGAUAUUAGUGGUGGCCGACGGGGCGUUGGUGUUGUGGUUGUGGAAACGGUGAAGACUAGUUUAACUUUGUUAGACUUAAAUAGAACUUAAAAUACGCAGCUGAGCUCGCGGGAAGUAGUUAUUAGGUUGAUCUGUCUUUUGAGGUUGUUUGAUAAACUAGCGUAACCGUGACAGCACUGUUUGUUUAGGGCCACAGUGGACAGUUUCUAUGUCCAUCUCUUAAGUAUGAACUUUCUGUCCCACGCAACUGCUCACACGAAUCACAUCAGCUGAAAUGGUCAUGGUCGUUGACGUACACUGCGUACCGUCUUUCUUUUGGACAUACUUUCAUCAAAAAUCUUUCAUGUGGGAAAUCGCAUCUCACUUCUUAAAAAGGCGGAAAGAUCUCGUCCCUUGUGGGAUGUUGUGGCCUAGACAACCCGGGGUACCCCGCACUACACUAGUUUGUUUAACUCUACCGAGCGCCUUGAAAUGCCGCUUAGCCAGUUUCCUUAAUGUGCUCAUUUCUACGUAAGGGCGAACAUUGCAACCAGCCGGUUGCUCUAACAAUGUCUAGUCCACUUCCGUGAAAAUAUGGGCCAGUGAGCAGUAACUCUAUCAAGUUUACACUUCCGGCUCGUUAGAAGAAAUGCGGCCUUCCGAUCCAGCCUUAAAAGCCAUGUUGAAUGUUGGGUUUGGAAAUGCAGUCCUUAGCUAUCAAGAGGAUUUGAGAGAUUGUAAAAGAUGACUGCAUGCCGUCUGCAGUCCGUUGAACGAUUUUCAUGCCAAUCAAACUGUCGUUCUGACAUAAUUCCGGCCAAAUACCUACUUAGUGUUAUAGAACACUAACACUAACUUUACGCUCACUGUGCGCAACUCAGAUGAUUUUCGUGAAUGUCAUCAACGGAAUUUCCCUUAACUCAUUGAGCGUGUCUGUAGCGGAUCGACAGUGUCAGGUUGCUUCUGAGAGACUUGUUAGCAUCAUAUCCGCAGGACGGCUGUAUCUGGGGGUACUUUCACUGUGCCCUGUAUAUUUUAAUGCUGAUGCAUUAGAGGUGGUGUUUGAGCGAUGGCGUGAACAGCACUCCCACUAUAUUGUUGAAACCUCACUCAUUAAGGAGUGUUGAUCGGGCUGAUUUAUCUCGCUGAUCCGACUUGUUUAAUGACAGUUGGAUCUUCGGCACAGGCGACGUCUAAGUUUUGCCCUACAGCGGGAUGUGCGCAGGGAAGGUGACUUGUGCGUGAGUUUGUUUAGAGCGAUUGCAGACUCGUGCUGCAUCUACCGCACUUUUUCUUCACCCUCUUGGGCACGGUGUCGAGACAGCGUCAAGAAGACUGGAGGUGGGUCGGGCUAACAAGACUAAAAGGCCUGCCUGCGUGUGCAACACGUGCCUGGUCCACGCACAAUGAACCGGGAUUUCACCAAAACAGCGAGUGACGGCUCGGAUCCUGACGGAUUCAGUGCCAUAAAUGUCAUAUUAAGGCGCCAUUGUACCCAGUCUCUCCGUCCUGAGAGAAAGACCGAGUUAUCCUGUCAGUUGGCAGUCUGGUCAGAUGUGGUUUUGUAGCCCCGCCUGAAGUAAACAAACGUUGGUCACCUCUAAUAGGGGACCGGUGGUAAUAGGGGUUUUUACAGGUGGAGCCGGGAAACGCACAGGCGACGAGUUCAAGUAGUUGUGUGCAAAAGAAAAGCUAUUGGGAGUGCGUGGUUGUACUUUCAAUGGCGGAGAAAUAGUUGCGCUAACCCUAACCAUAACCCGCAACCAUAAAUCCUACCCCCUAACCCUUAACCCCGACCCCAACAGUAUUGUGUCCAUCAGGUGGGGCCAUCAAACCACAUCUUACCGCAGACUUCCAAACCACGGCUUUUGGCGCACCGUUAUAGUUUAAAGGAGCGUUAGAUUGUUCAGUAAGUGAUCUACGUUGGAUGCCGUAGCGACGCAGUUCCCAGCGUCCACUUCACUCUCCUCCCUCUCCUAGGCAUCAAUGCACUGUCCGAGCCGGGCAGUCAUCUGGUACGGAGAUUGGGCGCAGGGACCGACAGAACUAGACAGCGGUUUGCGCGUACCAUGCACACUACCUGGCCCCCAGCACAGCACACCAGGAUUUCACGGAACUACAUUAAGAACUACACCAAAAAACCACCACAGUCUGACUACUUUUCAAAUACGGACCAAAACACCCUCUCACCUGUCCAUGUUAUGACUUUUAGUGAGUGGUGACAUCUCAAACACAUUGGAUCUAAUUUAUGAGGAAUGCGGCAUUUGUCGUGAUGAUAGUUUCUCCAGUUUUAGCCACUCUCUCUCUCAUGCAACAGUCGCUUGUCUGGCCUGUCAACCAACCGGUAAUGAGAUUGGGCGUGACUUGCGUCUUUGUCUAACGACUGCAACGCGAAUGCGCAAGCACAGUUGUGAACUCACGCAGAUUCGGAGCAGUCCAACUAACAGAACGCUGCCUCCUUUUUCGCCCAUCCCAAAUUCGGUGUAGCACAGUUUCCAGUAGGAAAAAAAAUAGGGGAGUAAGUGGUGUCUAGACAGUGGAUUCAACCCAAGUAAAAAGAUCGCUGAGGAGUAUAAACAGUAGACAGUAGACAUACCUCUGCCAACUGCUCUUUUAGAGUUUCUCAACGAUGGCCUGGCGAAGUUCCUUCCGCGUGGAAGCUUGAGGAUGAAUACCACACGGAGGAGUGGAGAGGGGGGCAGUCAAAGAAGACCGUGGGAGUAAAAGACGGGGCAUGCUCACAAGAAAAGUGGGUAAAUGGGUAUUAACGAAACACUGCGCAUGCAUCUGUGAAUGCGCAUAUAGUGGGAAAGUGUAGGGAGUACCGGAGUAGGAGUGAAACGAACAGACUCUCUGUCGCUUUUUAAUUUCCCCAGAAAUUAUCUACGAACUCGGAGAAUAUCAGUUUAUUCAAGGUCUAUAGGUACAGACCGAGCAUUUUAUUUAUGAAUAUUUGGGACGAGGUCCAUCAGGCACGGCGGAUAACCGCAUAAUAUUCAUUAACUGCCGACAGGCAGCUACUAGUGGUAUACUCUAUUCACGCCCCGUCAAGCUUUGUUAAUUUGCCUAUUCUUACUCUGGCUUUUGCCUGCGUCUCCGCCAAGAUUCAACAUACUGGUCAUGACAUGAAAAGCGCUUCGAAUGGUAGGUCAAGUCUCGGUAAGUAAUCAUUAUGAUGACUGCACCGAUACGACUGGUUUAGGCUUUGUUGACGGAGCAGUAACGCGAAACUGCUCUUACUUUGCCACUUCACCGGCAUCUACUUGAGUUCGUAGGAAAUACAGAAAGUUCACCUCCAAGCUAGUUCGUCGACAGAUAACGACGUGAACAGACUUAGCAGCCUAUCUCGAGUAAGAUCUGUCGGCAGAGAUUACCUCUGAUGACUGUAAAUAUUCCCUUAUUAUUUUUGGAAACCACAGCAACUUAAACUGACAAUCCGUAGUCUCGUGAACAGAGAGCUUCAUAGUUUUGACUGGGCCGCAUUUUAGCUGACACCGACCUCCUCCUUCUUUCACAGGCUAAUGUCCGGCUCUUUCCGCCAGUGUUUUCUUGUCAUUAUCAGUAUGUAUAAGCACAACGGACACCGUCUCCCCUCAUUUCCUCCUGACCCUCUUGUCUUACUGAAUUACGCGUCGGGUGGAUGGGAAUUUUAAGCACCGUGCGUAUCAGUAAGAUUUCCACUGAAGCUGAUGGCGCUAGGAUACAAAUCCAGUUUCCUCACCCAGAAAAUGUGUUUAGUACGGAAAAAUGGGACCCCUCAUCCUUAUCAUCUAAUUUCUCCCCCCAGUCUUCAGACUUUUACACCGCAGCCGAAACACGUGACGGCCUGGGCGUCAACGGACGCGGCACCUGAUCAGUUGUCACCUGUCAGCGUGCCAUCAUUGUCUACUGCUGCUGCCGCUGGCGCUCAAGUAUCGGCCCCGUCAGCAGCCGUCAGCAUUAUCGCCACCACCCAGUCCAACCUAUCCGUCGGCCCGCAGUAUGGCAAGGCUCAGAAACGUCCCAACACACUCUCUCUCAAAGGCUCUACCAACGAACGGCGCACCUCAAAACGGUCUGCUACCACCGCCUCUGACACCAACAAGUUCAGCUGUAGCGCUCCGGCCCCUUCCACUUACCUCUGUCUGUCUGGCGCCUUUCACACACCCACUUCCAAUGAGGUUCUUCCCUCUGGUGGUGCUGUCACCACUCCUCAACCAAUCACUUCUCAGCAUCUUCUUAUUAACUUUGAGGUUAGCCGUUAGUGGAUCCUCUUUCUACCUGCAUCUUGCCCAUCCUCGUUAUCGCACUUCAUUUUUAGGUGCUCCCUAGCUGCAAUACUAAAAGAGCAUUUCUUAGAUUGUGUAAUAAGGACGCGGGUAGUUACAUCUCCUCCAAAACUAGCAUUUUUAUUGGUGGAUCAUUAGUCCGCCGUCAUGUUUUACGCCAUAUUACUUAUUGCGCGAUAUUGACAAAUGAUAAUCGUUAUUGCCAUUCUUAUUGAUAUCACUGUUUUAAAAUCUGCGGACUAGUGCGCUGCCUAAUAACGCCCAAAUCGUUCACCCAACACUGGCACUGGAGAUAUAGUGACUGUCGAAUUGUUGCAUUAAGGCUUAAACUUCUGAUCGAUUCUCUUUGGGCAGUCGGCCAAAAACUGAUCGCCCUUCAUAAAAUUAAAAAUAUGUGUUCCAUAAUGUUAGUGUAAGUGCCCUGCAAAGAUCUUUUAGAUGUGAAAAAGUGCCCUCCCUCCAGAAAGCUCCCCGGAUCGCAUCGACCUUUUUGUUUCACGGUGGUACAUAAAAAACCAAAGACUUAGAUGUAACUGUAGCGUCUGUUUAUCAUAGCAGACUGUGGGAACUGGGAGGAUUCGCGCUGCCGAAAAACUCUUACUGUGAACCAGGAUGGAACCGUCGACCACCUGAAUUCACACCGAUUGGCCCACCUACUGAUUCAUUGCAGCCACGCCUGCCGUCUCUGCGAAUCAAAGCCUAAUUUGUUCUUAGUGCAAAUGGGUCCAUGUUUCUAGUUAAGUUAUCGGUGGAACUCUAGACCUUGAUGGCCUAAACCCCUGAAUGUAACUUGCUGCAUUCCGCCCUCUCAGGGUUCACUCAGAAUACAUCGUUAAUUUACUUAACAUUUGUAUGGCUUUGGCACCAUGUAUCCUCCGCCUGAUGAUAUGCUUUCCCUUGUUCGCAGUCUCUUUGGACAUGUGAUACAGUGCAACUUCCUGACCGCAUAUGACCGUCGACGUGUUCCGGACCUUAGCACACUUUUACGAUAACUAGAUACAUUCAACCGUAUUGAAUCUUUUACCUUUAUCAAAGAAGCUUAGAGGCACCUAGAUUGAAUCGUCAGCCUCCUACUCCCACUCCGUCUAAAUGACCAGGCAGGAGUCACUUCGGCAGUCGAAACCGCACAAGCAUUUGUCACCACCACAUCUCAUUGCUCAUAUUUUCCGACGAGCACAUAACCCAUUAGGCGUCGGUAGUGACCAGACCGACCGGAGCUACCAGGGUAGUUUCUAUCUCAAGGGGAUACUUGGUUUUUGAAAUUGUACCCGGCCGUACUAAGUGAACUGUUUCAGCCCUCUUUCACUCUUUCCUGGAAUACGAAGCAUGUUCUGCCGCAAAGUACUCCUUAUCUGGGAAGAGUAAGGUACUUUCAGCUUUCUUGUUGAGCGGAUUACAAUUUCUCGAUCUGGCGUCGCUAACCCUAAUCUAUAACUCAUUUUCGGGUAAAAACUGCUCCUCUCUAGACUCGAGGACGUUUUAUGAAAUGCUGAUUGUGGCUAUACACGUCGUCGAAAGGAUGCGGACGGGAGCACCACCCAUCAUCACCCCAAUUCUCCUAUCAGAGUGACUUCGUCCACUUUAUCAGCUUGCAAUGUUGAUGUUCUCCUUGGUAGUCCCACAACCCAACUUUGCCCGCGUGCAAAUGACCCUAUACGAGGUGGACAUUGCCGCUCUCAAUAACAUCCCGUACUCCGAAUAACGACAGCUAAAUGAGGUCGGCACAGGAUACACUUUCUUUUUAUAUUGACAAUCCGGAGAAAGAAGGGCGAGAGGUUGAAGCAACGACAUCGUCAGAAAGUUACCUUAUUGGGACUUGGACUCAACGAUCGUCUCACAAGAAUGAGGCUUCCCCCUCCAGGGGAUAAAUUCACCACGGUCGUCAGCGCCUACUUCUCCAAAUGACAAUUCAUAACAACAUGAAAGACAAAUUCUACAAGGAAUUGUCCACCCUCCCGCCGCCCGUGUCAAAGACAGGCAAACUUACAGUUGUUGGCGAUUUUAGUGCAGGAGCAAGUGCAGAUCACGUUUCCUGGGAAAGAGUGCUCGGUCAUCACGGCGUGGACACCCGCACCGGUAGUUGGACCCCCUGCUGAAAACCAGCUUAGAACACAGUCGCUCCACCAACAACACUGUCUUUCACCUUUUCAACCACAAUAGGAUCACGAAGGCACACCUCCGUUCUCGCUACCGACACCUAAUGCGCUAUGUGCUCGUCGGAAAAUAUGAGCAAUGAGAUGUGGUGGUGACAAAUGCUUGUGCGGUUUCGACUGCCGAAGUGACUCCCAUCUGGUCAUUUAGACGGAGUGGGAGUAGGAGGCUGAAAAUUCAAUCUAGGAGACUGCCUCUGGGGAAGAAAGCACCAGCGACGUUGCACCCAGCAAAAGUGGACAACGCUGAACUCAGACUGGAUCUCGUCAGAUUCCUGAACACCAAUCUAGAGCAGAUACAACCAUGUUGGAAGCAGAUGAAACAGGCUGUAGGACGUCAAUGACAUUACAGCUGUGCGAGUCUGCAGUCAAGGACUCGAAUCCUGAGAACAGCGGGGCUAUUUCGAUGGCGACGAAAGGUGCACGUCAUCACAUGGAAAAGAACCUGCCUUACAGGGCAUAUACGAACGGCGCGAACCGCCUCAAACAAACCCGCACUCUAUCGCUGCCAAAGGCACCUGAAACGAUAGCUGAAGGAGUUGCAGCGUAACUGGUCGACUGUCACUGCACAUAAAAUCUGAGGACUCACUGACUGUGAGGAAUCACAGAACAUCUUCGCCACCAUAGAGGCAGCAUGCAACUCUUAACACACCAGACCGAGCCGGUGCUUAACUUAGCCGGAACAACCGCGUUCUUGGACAAAUUGCUAAUCGUAGAGUGCGGGACUGAAUACUUCAGGUGUAUCAUUAAUCGUCCUUCUUCUGUCCGCGUUGAAGCCAUCAACAAAACCUCUAAAGUGGAAAUUAAUGCUAACUUUGAUUAUCCAUGUCCUUGCAAGAGACGAUCAGGGUAGCCUGACAGAUACACAGGUGCCCAAUAGAAAAUCCUUGAGUGCUGACUCGAUUCAAUUGAAAGUCUGUAACUAUAGAGGUCGUCAACUUCUGUAUAAACUGAUACCGAUGUGCACGGAGAUGUGGUGACGCGUACGAGUUCCGCAGGACCUCGGAGACGCCGCUAUUGCGUACUUCCACAAACCUAAAGGAAACCACAGGUGUGCGAUUGCCAGUUGAGUUUCCUUCUUGCCUGUAUGGCAAGUAAAAGAUUUGCUUGCGUGUUUCUUAAGUGUUUGAAGUUUUGCCUGGUAAAAAGGCGUCUCCAACAUGGGCUGUAAUUGAUAGAGCGCAUUGUUUAUCCACAAAAGAACCCGGCUCCUCACAAGCUUCCUUCCUCGAUUGAUUACACCGCCAUGUCUACCACAUACUCACGGCUGGACCUGCCUGAAAUUCACCUCUAUUACUGCUGUUUAAAACGACGUUUGCUCGUUAGGCAGCAAUAUCACCGACAUCACAGGAUACGUGUAAAACCAUCGCGACACGCCUGAAGAACCACUUCCAUGAUACCCGAACAACACCCUGUUCUCACCAUGCUGUUGAGCAGAUGGUAAACAUCGUCGGUAACGACGGUCGAACUGUCGGAUUGAAUUAUCGACCCCAGCCCGCCCACUGCUUUGGUAACCUGAGUUUCACUGAGGCCUGCACAGUACUUAUGGUGCGUUUUCAUUCUUUUUGCGGUGUGUAUUAGUGGGACAGACAUACAACCCCAAGCUCCUGCCUGACAUUUGGGUAUGUAAUUUUGCAUGCAUCGCUACUUUGUCUCCGUUCCGAAUUUUUCUUCGCCUUGGCUUUUUAUCGCGUCCUACCUUUUUCUCCCGGCUCCUUUUAUACAUUUCCUUUAUUCCCCCUUCCGCCCCCCUCUGGUUCCAAAUGUACUAUUAGUGUGCGCAAUACUGAGGCCGAUUGAGCGUCACUGAGUAGACUCUGCGCAGAGAGGACUUACUCUGUCACUGGCAGCUACAGGUCCUGUGAUUUCUGUCUUUUUUGUUUCGCUACUCCUUCGUCAAUGUGUGUGUGGAACUGUAAGGUUUCUAAAGUGCUCACGUCUGCAAGCACCGCAAUUUUACCUUUUCGGGCUUGCCAUGGAUGAAGGCACACUCCAACCCUCCGUGACUUCAGCUCUUGUGUGUAUGUAAAUGCCGUCUUGUACUUUAUAACCCUGCACCACUGUGAUCCACUAAAGUUGAGCGGGAAUCACUACAUCCCGCCUACACCGGAACAGUUAAAACUCAUGACCGAAGUUUUCGAUAAGGCUUUCAAGUGAAAAUAUUACCUAACUGAAUUCGCGAAAUUGUUCGGCGGUCAGCAUGGUCAUAAGUUAAUUCCCCCAUGAUAACAUGCGGGCUUUGAAAUGAGCACUUUUUCAACCAACUUUGUAAAUGCCGGUCGGGAAGAAAUCACCACUUGAGGUGUUUGCUUUGUAAGUGGAUUUUUUGACGCGUGAAUACCCCCAGUCAUAUGUUUUUAGGUGGGAUGCAUUAAAAACCCAUAUAUCAUAAUAUUUUGCGCGGACCACGUUUUUUUGAGCUGUAUGCCCGAGGGCGAUAAUUAGGGCUUGAAAGAGUUCAAUACCCGCCCAUUUUAAACACAGCUCAGCGUUGGAAAGGUAAUACCGACAAAGACAAGGGAGACCGGAAUGGCCAUUUCUGGCUUAUUAGCCGUCAUCAGCCAGUCAUACCCAACCCCAAGUGUGGAUCACUUGAGAUUCGAACCCGGGAUCUUUGGUCAUGGAGUUGAACGCUCUACCAUUGAGCCACGGGCCCGUUGUCCUGUCGGCGUUGUCCUCAGCGUUCUCUACUGCUCUCAACGUACAUACUAUUUAUGUUCUCUGAUGCAAAUUCAAAUGGCCCUGCAUGCCCAAAUAUAGAGGUCGCUUAGAUUGUGCAGUUAAAUAAUCAUUACAUCCUCUUUUCCCCCACACUACUUCAUUCCCAGCCCGUGUAAAUGUUUUACCUACCGGCAGUUUGCAGUCCAUUUUCGACGCUUUGUUUUUUUUUUAUCAUUCGAUAGGAUAUUUCCCCCAAUUGAGGACUUAUGGUUGUUGGAUGCCCCAGAGUAUCACUGAAGGUUUCAGUGUUUAGCGUUUACACGCAGCACUAUCCUUGACGCGUGCUAGACGAUCUGGACCGUAGUACGGAAAUUCCACCAUGAACCCAGUUGGUUUCAUGCCAACUUCCUGGGCAUGUAACGUUAGUUAGGGGAGCAAACUGCUGACGCAAUAUUUUUAUUCGCCUGACACUUCAUUCACAUUGGGGUUCUUCAUCAGAUAGAAGUGGCGGGCACACUGAAAGUGCAGUAUUUAUAGGAUGUGGCAACUACGCUACUAGAUGCUUAGUAAAAUUAACAUCCCUCAUAUUCAUCGCAAAUGAUGGUGGGACGAUUGCUUUGUCGCACACAUCCAAGCUGUCAAGCUCCAUGAUUUCAUCAUUCGUGCCGGUGUUUGGCACGAUAAUUAUACGCCCAUCCUGUCCUUCACGAUGAUUUAGUCAUCGUUAAUCUCAAAGCCUUAUUAGGGUGCCGCUGAAUGAGUCGCAUAUCGCGAAUUUGUUUGAUUGAUGCUUCCCCGGGCCGUAGGCCGCCAACAAGCACGCUGCUGUCCUACCUCCUCAUUCAGCGCUUGCCCUUUGUCUGAUAGCAGUUGCAUUUUGGUGAGCCCAUUAAGUAUUAUGACUCUGUCAGAGUAAACUAAUUACUCAUACUGCGAUCGUCGUGUGUGUGUCCCCAAAACGGGCCACGUGAUAGAUGCUCUGGUCCAACCCGGGGGCCAUAUCGGAUUCUGGCAGGCGUUAUCGGAUUGCGCAUAGUUAAAAAUGCCAACAUUUCGGGGUGCGGGGGCAGACCUGGUUGCCGGCAGCCGUCGCGCACACUGGGACCCCUGCCGCCCCCCUCCCCCCGUAGUUGUUGUCGGUCAAAAACCUGGUCGUUUGCUGUGUGGACCAGGGGUGUGGAGUGGGGCGCCAAGGUGCGGGCUCGACCGUGCCAUCCACCUGCGCCCUCUCCCGCCUCUGGUCUUCUUAACUCUGUCUUGACACCGGGUCCAAGUGGAGGAGGAGAGAGAUCGGUAGAUUCUGUGCAAGUCCACCAUCACUAUAAACUAAUUCACGCACAAGUCACCGUUCCUGCUUCACCAUGCUGUGGAGCAGAAGGUGGACAUCGUUGGCAACGACGGUCAAACUGUCGUGUCGCGUGUGAACGCUGCCUCCAUUGCCAUCGCUGUUGGACAAAAUUACUGAGUCAUUAUCCGGCUAAUCGCUAACAUCAGUGAUGAAGCUGCGGUGAUUAACGACUCGCAUGAGGAUAACUAAGCGAUUAUUGCACCAAACACAACCAUCUGCGGUGAAUGCACAACCUACUAAUUUAGGUAGGCCUUUAAUGGCGACGUAUCUACUGCACCACCUGCGCGUUCGUCACCUCUAUAUGUUAUGGUCCCUGGUGACCAGUUUGGUAAACGCCAGUUGGACAGAAUCCUCAUUCCAGCGUCCAGGUCUUCGUCCCAUCGGCCGCCUGGAACUUGCCUUUCUACUUUUAUUGGAAAGUGACUUUUUCGUUUGUCUUAUAUGCUGUCAAGGAAUGCAUACAGGCAUCGUGUAUCGCCGGAAACACACUGCUGAAGUGUCAUUUUUUUCGGAUACGACCUACGCAAGUGUUAGGGAAGGUACUUAAUCAAAUGCCAGAUUUUUCCGCUACACGAACUCAGUCCUGCUGUUGUAGAAAGAAUGUGAAAAAAUAUGGUAGCUGGUGCCCACCGAUCUCGACCCUUUGUGCCUUGGGACUCGAUCUAGAGCACCACAGGCAAUUGCGCAUCGACCAUUAAUGUAUGCUGUUUGGAAAAUAUGAUUUACUGUGCUCCAUUUACAAGAAGUGACGUUCAAUUUUAAUUUGGUACUUGGAUAAAGAGAUAUUUAACACUUUUCGACACGGGAUUUUUUUGAAACUCGUUCGCUCGUUCAUGCGACUUGCUGUCCUCUUCUUUACUAAUGAUGUGCAAAUAGUAGGCGACCUGGUCCAUAUUGACCACCAGAGGACCUCUUUAGCUGGAUAUUUUGAUUUCUAUAAAUCCUCUCCACUGAGAAUACAUAGUAUGAAAUUUUGAACUGUUAAGGACAGAUACCAAGAUGCACAUAUUGUCGACGCUUUUCUUCAGUUGCCAGAUUUUUAAGGCAGGGUUUCCCAUAAAAUGUCCACAAGACGGUCAGUCAAAAGUCGGACUGGAACUGACUCAGGGUUAGGUUCCCUACCGAUUAGUUCCGCAACUUUAUCUAGGUAAUGUUGUCAAUUUUAAAGGGCAUCGGCAAAUUUUGGUGAAUGCUUCAGGCGUUUCGACCCGUACCGCAGAGAGUUGAAGCUAUGUCAAACUGUCAGUCUCUUGGUUGUAAUGCAGAUGGUCUUCGAGUGCAAAUAAGCGAUUUCCUCAUAGUGGAUUUCGAUUUUCUCAGGGCAUCCGUAUCCCAUUUUAUUUGAUACACUUAAAGGAGUAGGGUUGCGGACCUAACUUGCGUAAUAGGUUAACUGCUUCGAUUGUGUAGGCUGACUGAUGUUGAAUUCCGUUCUAACUUCUUGGCUUCAGUCCGGGAUGCGUGCAGAUGGUGACAGCCAUACUCUCACGGCCAAUGCCCGCACUAUGGACUUCGCCCUAUCGAAGUGUCAUAUUUUGGCAGUGCUGAACCGGGACUGACACAGCAUCUGACGCCUGCGCCAAAUACGCCUAACUGUGGUGUUGACAUGAUGUCACUAUAUUUGACAGCUCCUGCCACCUGUUCAUGCAGUUGCAUGAAUCCUAAACGGCCACUGCAGCCUAAAUACACAUGCAGGCGUAAUGCUUUCGACCACACCGGUCCAAAGAAAAUCGGGCUCAUAAACUGAUUUACACAUAAAAUUGAAUGUUUAUAUUCAGUGCAAAGUGUGGACCAGUCCAUCACACCGAGCGCUUUUCGCCCAACCUGUCCCUGGUCGAUAGACAAGUUUAAUCAGCUAGGUCACCACGUAACUGUCCCCAAUGUUAAAAUUACUCGGAAUUGAGUGGACCCGACCUACGGUGCCAGAAAAUUCGAGACCCCCCUAAUCGUUAACUUGAGACUUUCGGGUAUGGCAUCCUGUCACCCGCAGUCAUUGCCUUAACUGUGCUUUCCGUGCAAAUCGCCAGCCUCCGAAAUUUACUGUUCCUCGACACGCUCAGUAGUGGAUCGAGCGACCCCUCUGGUCAGGCAUGCAUAUCAUGUGGAUAAUAGUUGACCCUCGUAAUUCACCAAGAAUUGUUGCGUUCAUUUAGCCACUUUUAUCUAGACCUCAAAGUGGACAGUGUGUGAACCUGUGUUAUUACGGUCUAUGGUUCGGAGCCACAAGGUCGUCGAGGCGCCACUUUUUUCUCAGGGAUCCCGCCUUCGUCUUCUUUGCAAUUAUAAUAAUGUUUUUCAGAGGAAGGAUGACAAUGCCAACGAAGACAAGGGAGUCUAGAAUGACCGUUUCUGGCUUGUUAACCGUCAUCAGCCAGCCCCGGGGUGUACAACUGCUCAGCCCUAACGCACAACGGGACAAGUGAGUUCCGUAAAAACGAUCGGUGGGCGCACCUCUACCAUUGUUAAUAUUCCCAAUCGCAACCGGCAGGACAACGAACCCGUGGCUCUAUGGUUAGGGCGUUGGACUUCUAACCAACAGGUCACGGAUGCAGGCCUCCGGGCUGCACACCGUCAGAUUGGGUAUGGCUGACCGAUGACGGCUGACAGGCCAGAAAUGGCCAUUCCUGUCUCCCUUGUCGGCAAUGUCAUUCUGCCUAUAAUACCAGCAGUUGAGCGGCCGCUGGCGGGGCUCGUAAUUGAGCUCCAAGGCACAACGGGACAAGUGAGUCCGGUAACGCAAUGGGUGAGCGCCCUUCUACCAGUGUUAUUCACUGACUUUGGGGUUUCGCGUUCUUUUGCUGCCACGUCAAUGAGCAACAGGACCGGCCUCUUCCGAAUAGACCACAAUCGAAACACACCCGUUGUCGCUUAUUUUGCGCAAGCACAGCGCUCACUACUUAUGUGGAACUUGGAUACGGACUAGUUUUGUGCUGAAGACUGGCGUGUUUGAAGCCUAAACUCUGUCCGUUGUUAAAUCUACCCAGACGACCCCUGCCGUCAUAAGGCCAAACGUCUGUCAUACCCCGAAACUUCCUCUUAGCGUCCCGUUUUUCCACCUAUCUUACAGGAGAGCAUGCUCAACGGACGUAUACCGCCCUCGGGCGUUGUUGACGGCUUUCAAUUAGAAAUCGGAGCCAGUGGAUCAUUCUAUCCCGCCCAUCUGAAGCUGCCAGUUGUGGCCUACUUCUUCCAUCUUUCUGAAGACAAUGCUCCUUCGCCCUAUCUUGGUUUUGUAGACCUUAGCAAUCUUCCAAAUAAACGCGGCUACCACGUUCCAAAGAAGGGCUCUAUUCAGGUGAGUUUGAACUUUUGGUUCCUGUGUGGCUGAGAAGUACAACAGUUUAACAUUCCUCUUUGGUUGCCACUUUUUAUCUCCACUCACCCCCUCCCUCCUCAGAUAAAGCCAUCUGUCACAACUUCAGGGACUUGACGGCGGAGCAGACCGUACUGGUUACUCACAGCCGAUAUACAGGCGUGGGGACGCAGCCUUAUGUAGCCCCGCACUUUGCCAGUUGCAUCACUGAUUCAGCCUCUUCAUCAUUUGCUCCGACGCUAUGCGCCAGUGUCCUUAGUGGGUUGCUCUGCAUCACCAAUUCCUACCAGAACUAUGGAAAUUCUUUUGCUGACGCAUCUAUAACGGGAACUUCAGGGAACACGAAGGACUCCAUAAUUAGCCGGACCGUUCUGUAGCCACUUUUAGUUUGUACCAGUUUUAUGUAUCGUGAAGCGGUGUCCUGUGUAUUCGCUACAGUCACAACAGAUCCUGUGUUGUUCCGGCAUCAAAAAAGUCCUGCCUCAACCUUCUCUUCUGCGUCUUGAUCGUUGGAGGGAAUCUCCCCAUCUCCGUGAACGCUACUGGCUUGGCAUGGUUUGGUGUGCAUGACCUCACGUCCAAUUUCCGCCCAUGUGCCCGUGUCGUUUGCCAAGCCUUUGCUUCCAUCAUAGGCAAAAGAAUAUAAACACACAGUCAGACACGUCUCUACAUUAGCACACUCAUUGGAUAGAAUGGUUAUUUUUAAAUCAGCAGCCAGCUAUCUGUAUCUCACACCUUCAUGCCAGGCUGACCGUUUGGCCUUCCAUUGCGACAAAGCGAUGUGGCGGCCUGCAACGUGGUAACUGAUGAAUCGACUCUCCUGCCACCUUUUUGCUUUAUCCCAUUCUCCGUCCUAAUUUGGUUUCUUCACUGAAGACAACCUGGGGAGCCAGUGUUGAAAAUUUACGGAAUAAAGCUUGUUACGUUUCCUAGAGGACUUAUUGCUUUUUAAUAAAAAUGUUGCUUAUAAUUCUGCUAGUCUCACCCAUCUUCAUCUUUUUUAUUUUCAGUUGGCCCUUUUCAAUCCCUCCAGCUCCCUGCUUAAAGUUUUUGUGAUUCAAUACGACCUGGAGGACAUGCCAGCCAACUGUCAGACGUUUCUACGCCAACGUACGGUCUACGUGCCGGUUGAAAAGUGCCUUGACGACUUCCCAAACGACAGCGGUGGGAAUGCUGAUAGUGGCAGCAGCUGCAGCAUCAGCGAAAAGAACGCUAAAACUACCAGCCGGAGACUUCAGAAUCUCCCAGUCGAUCCAAAAGCCGGUCUUCUGUUUGUUUCUGGAUCCGGGACGCACGAGUCCGACGGCGGUAGCGGUCCUUGGUCCCUUUCCCCGCCCUCCACUCCACCGUCUUCGCUCUCCCGAUCCCACUUAUCUUCUUCCAACCACCAGAGGGGCGCCCCUUCAGUUACUUUCCGGUUGCGGACAGGCAUGGGGGGGAUUUCAACGUCUGAGCAAAGAGAGCACCAACCACAGCGCGAUGGCGGUGAUCUGCUCCCAGCCUACCUUCGUUAUCUAGUACAUUUAAGGUAAUAGCUCAUCCGCCUGCAACUAAUUCUAACCCAUGGAUUGCAAGUCCUCUCCGGUGGCACACAUACGUACAUGCUGCCACAAUUUGCUGGCGUCAAAGUUACCUGUAGGUGUCCGCAUUCGUGCGUCUAUAGCCCCGCGCGUUUGGUGUGCUGGCUCUGUUGGAGAAUGCUGACUAAGGCGAUGGCAACUACAUCGAGGUCAGCGAGGUCACACAACACAGUACUAGUGCUGUGUAGACCUUGUUUGCCCGGCAUUUGACCUGACUAGCGCCGCUCAGUGCAGUAUUCAGCAUGAAUGCUUGUGUGUAGGCUUGUUUUGUUUCCGGUGAUUCUCGCUUACUGGCGUCUAACAUGCGUUUUUACGAAAUUUUUUUCCAAUUCCGCUCUCCUCAACUGUUUUCGUUAGUGGCUCUACCGUCCGCUCAGGGAAGUAACAACUGUCGCCUUAUCCUCAUUCCAUGGAGCGGACCAGAUAAACUGCGCCUCCUCUGUACUUCGAAAAGUUUGAACAAAGUCCACCGAGUUAAGUAGUUAUCUAGAUACACAGAAGUUCAGAUCAUCUCACAGGGUAUUGCAUAUGGUCCCUAGUGAAUGAAAGAUCAUAAUAGAGAAUUCUAAAAGAAGACACUAGGCUACGAAGGUUGUUGUUGUUGUCUGCUUAUUUCUAUUGGGAUACUGAGUUCAAGCGGGACUGUAAACAUGUAUCACUGCCAAUAAUUCGAUAUAAACGAGAUAAGGAGUUCCAGAAAGCAUCAAAGACGGCAACAUGUGGAGGUAGCAGACACAGUGGUGACGCAGUAUCUAUAGGAUGCAGCUGCUGAACUACGAAACGAUAAAAACAGCAGGCCCUGCUCUUGUCGCAGAUAAUUGUGCUCGAUUCAGUGAACACAUGACCUUCCUUUAUGCGAGUCGUUAAUCACCGUGAUUUCACCAGCUGUGUUGGCGACUCAGUAAGUCAGUCCAUCAGAACUGACAAUGGAAGCAGUGUUCACAUACUCGAUCUCAUCGUUCAUAAUCAAUUCACUCUGGCAAAUUCUUAGCACCGAAUAGGAAGGUAGGAGAUCCUUGUGAUUGUUACUUAACUGGGGGUCGGAAAACCAUGACGCAAGAGUCUCGUAUCUCACGUGUUUGCCAACUCUUUCCAGAAUGACGGCGCUGUCAAACUUCAAGGUGUGGACAGGCAAAGAAAUUGGUUACGUAAGUAGCGUUUUCGUGAACACUACAUCCAUUGACAGUGCUAGUAGGCCAAAUCACAGAGUCCUUAUCUGGCUAAUUGUCAACACCAGUGAUGAAAUUGUGAAGAUUAACGACCGUCAUAGAGGACAGUCAGGCAAUCGACAGUUCGACCGUCGAUUGCGACGAUGUCCACCGUGUUUCCACAGCAAGGUGAGAGCAGGGACGGUGACUUGCACGUGAAUUAGUUUAUAGUGAUAGUAGACUCACGCGGCAUCCACCACACUCUAUCCUCCCCUACCUGUACCCGGUGUCAAGAGAGAGUCAAGAAGACCGGAGGGGGGAGGGCACAGAUGGCUGGCGCGGCCGGACCCGCACCUAGGCGCGCCACCACACCCCCUGGUCCACAGCGUACACUUGACCAGAAUUUUUCACCACCACCAACAACAACACCCAACAGGAGUCAGAAGGACGAGGAUGAUGACUGGGUAGCCAUGCCCACCACCUAUGUACGCAGGGGGACGCAAGCGCAUCUACCGGCAGGAAAUCAGGUCUCAGGGAACCGCCUGCGCAUACCAGGCUACGAGGGCCAGUCUGCUAACACUGGCAUAGCACAUGCUUUCAGACCUUCUGACCUAGAAGAGCGACACGUAAUCCUGCAUUUAACUUGGACCGUCAUCCUCCAGGGUUGGGUAACCAAACAGUCGUCGACUGAGAGGAACUACCCCUAAAGCGCGCAUACAAACACCCUCUUCAUAUGCAUGAGUGUCACAGAUCGCUUGAGAAGAGGCCGUGACAACCUGGCUCUCAUCCCACCAGUCCGCCACUUCACACAACGCACAACUGGGCAGACUGCGUGGACUGAGUUGGGACGCCAGUUGGCUGCCUUCCCAGCCACGGCGCUCGACGCACCGUCUUCGUCUCAGAUUCCGAUCACACAUGCAGCAAGGGAGCCGCAUGGAUAAGGAGCCGAGGCGCACAAAUCCCACUUGCGUGGGAGGUGGCAUUUGGGUGCUUGCGGCGGGUGAUGCUGAUGUGCGGUGAGAUGCUGGUGAGGGAGGAUGUGGUGGUGUGGUGCAGCCGGCGGUUGUAUACCGCAGGUUUUCGUGGACGCGCAUGUGGUCUUACAGACCCAUGCGGUGAAUAAAUGCGCGAGUGAAAUGUGGACAGUGGAGCGGAAGCGGUGAGUGUAGGCUGCUGUUCUAGGCACUGGUUCGCCAGUGUCUGUGUGAUGGAUUCGCAAGUCACCGAUCAGGCCGAUGCGUGAGGCGAAUAAAGGGGGAUGGUGUGGACAAGAGAAGUCGGCUGUGUCAGUAUCAGCUUCGGUGAUAGAGAUGGUGAAACUGAUGGUGAUGGGCACCUGGGCAGCGGGGUGUGGGUUAGGCUCUACAGUGUCCUGUCUCCCAAGAGAGCUAUCAAUGAGUAUUAUGUGUUAUUCAGAGCAAUAAUUACCCAAAAAUGAACCCGAAGUUCUGAACUUGACUUCAUCUCGAAAGUAAACUUGUAAGUUUUGGGUGAUCCGGCUGCAAGGCCUACAUGCAUAAAGUUUGUUCUUUCGAAACACCCAUCUGAACUUCUGCCAACCUAAAAAGAGCCAAAUGGAAGUGAGCUGUUCACUCUUGUUUCAUUAGCUCCAAACCUUACGCGAUCCAAACAGCUGCAGGUAAGGCAUGGUUAUAAGUGCGCCCGUAUCACAAGUGGUCUUGCUCCAAAUUCCAGGGUUUUUUGGCUUGGGGUUACUUUCAGGGCUAGGAGGGUUAGUGUUGGGGUUGGGGUUAUGGUUUGUAUGUAGGACCCUGGAACAGAUACCUCCUGAAAUCUAAGUUAAGGCCAUCUGUGGUACGGGGAUAUUUAUAUCUGUAUUCAGUCCAGCGGUGGGCGAACUGAAUUUUACGAGCCGUAUACCCAGCCAUAUGGCAACUAUCCUCCCCAUUUUGGCAUUUCUCGAAUAUGUGGUAAACGAGAGAACAAGCCAUCUACCGCCACUGGCGGCCCACUGAAUCCAACAUUUUAAGCAACAGUUCGCCCUAUACUGCUAUCGGCAACGUCAUUUUCGGAUGGCCUUCCCAAUGCUGAUCGAUGACGCACAUAAUCUGCCCUUGAUCUCGACUGUCGAAUGAGCCCCGUGGGCGUGGAUAGCUUUUGCUGCAUGUAUUUAACCGUAGGCUAUACGCUUAGUUAAUCGUUUAGGCGUUACAAGUAUUUCCCACAUGCGUUGUGUCCUUGAGACAGUGACAGGCAUUUAAAACUCGCUUGCAGCGUCCAAGUUUAUUAAUAGAGAAUAUGCGAGUGCCUAGGUUAAAAGAAUUCGCUCAGUCAGAAAGGGGCAGUACUUACGCGUGCUGGCAAAUAUGCACUCCACCGAUCUGAGGAUUUCAUUUAUUGCUUUUCGUGUCCUCAUAAAGCGCCCGGAUGCCAUGUCUUGCUAGGGCUAGGCAGUCCUUCGGCUUGCUCUAAGGUCUUCUUUCAUUUUAUCCCAUGAUACUUUUAUGGGGCUGCAGAUCAUCAACACAGAGGAGAGUGAACAACAGAUCUCCCAACCCUUUCUACUAGUAGAUUUAAAUCAGUAGAUCGGUUUAGUCCUCGUGACGUAAAUUUCAUCGGGCGUUUGAGACUCAGAAAAUCGUGUUUUAUACAGCAGAAUCGUACACACUGUUCUGAUUGAAAGAAAAUACCCGGACCCGGGUGAAUGUACUGAGAUAGAGAUGCUCCCUGUCAGCCCGGCUCCACUUUGCCACCACACGCUACAUGCCUGCCUGGUCACUGGCCGUGAAUUUCGGCUAGAAUUCCUCGACCUUAACAUGUUCGCACACUUGUUCGCCACCGCCAAUUCCCAAUGUGUGUGUAUGUAGGUCGGCCUUAUGCUAACGAGGUGACAUUCUCCCCUCAACUUCAUACAGUGCGCACUCUUCUAAGUCAGUACUAAGUCACUUUGGCCUCUUUAGGGCCCUUAUUUACUCCUGACCUGUUUACAGAUCGACGUUUUCCAGAAGCGAAGUCCCACAGGGAUUUCUCGAUACACUUGCAAACCGUAGGCUGCUGUUUUCUGAAGCUGACCAAAAAUUAGUUCAAGUCCUGUUUUUAGCCUCUAGUCUAAUUUUUUGUCUUUGUCUAACUGACGUAACGAAUUCUGAAUCUCCGUAAUUGACAGUAAGACAGUUGUAAGCUAUGUGAGGGGUCAACCCCCCCGCUCGACUGGAUUUAAAAUCUCAAUUAAUGGCUUGCCCUAGUCGGUCAACAGACUACAGAGGGCUGAACAUCUGCUUGCUCUCGAGCUCGCAUUACGCGACCUGUCCCCCUUUCAUGUUGUGGUGUUGUCAUGUCCAAUUGUUAAAGUAUCCAGGGUUUUUACUACCUAUUCGGACAACACAAACUACGCAAGCCUGACCGUCUCUCAGUCUCCCGCUACAUCCUUCUUCGGAGUUUCUAGGUCUACAGCUCUCUCCAUUAUUUUCCCUUUUGCUUUGCUGUUCCACAGAUUCCACUCAACGAAGUCGGGCAACUUAUACCUACACACAGACAUUCGCCUUAUCUUCGCUAGGGACAAGUUCGAGUUCGAUCCUCGCUUGGCAACCUAUGAGAUGCGUUCCUUUGUUGACGCACCAGCGAAUCCACGUUAUUCUCCAAAAAAGUGA